CAGCCAGUGCCCGGAGAGGCGUCGCCUGGCGCUCCGAGGCCUGGUGGUGCUCAGCAAGGCUCCCUCAAUGGCUAAGAGCAUCCGGAGCCUGAAUGAAAGCCUCCUGGAGCUACUGCAGGAUGCAGACACGGACGCAGUUCAGAUGACCCUCUCUGCGUUCAUCAAUGUGCUGGGCUUGAAAAUCAUCCAAAUAUCCAGCCCAAUUGCCCUGAAGUUGCUUGAGGCGCUGCGGCCACUCUUUGACAACGAGCACAGCCAGCUGCAGCAGCUCUCCAUGCUCCUCUUCCGGGAGGUGAUGGAGGCGACAGAGAGGAGCAAGAGCCUAAAGCCACCCGUGUACCUGAGUCUGGUGCCAUUCUACUUCAACUGGCAUGAUGAGAACCAGCGUGUGGCAGAGGCCUCUCGGAGAGCACUGUUUGGUGCAGCCAGGUUCCUGAAGUGGAGGGACCUUGAGCACUUGGUGACCAUGGAGCAGCCAUGGAGGUUUCCCGAGUGCCUGUUGGAAAAGGACAGGAGCCGAGUGGGCCAGUACGUGCGCCAGGCCCUGCCGUACCUGGAGAGCCCAGAGGAGCCCCUGCGAAAGCUGGCCAUCAAGUUUCUGGGGAUCGCCGCCAGGUCCAUGAAGCAGGAGCAGCCAGAGCUGCAGCUCAUCUGCCAAGCCCUUCAAGGCAUUUCUGAUGACAGCCCUGCCGUCUCAAACCUGGCUGUUGAAACGCUCCACAUCAUCAGAGCUGUACGGAGAACUCCAUUCUUCCCAUUCUGGUAGUCUCCGUUCCUACCUCUUCCAGCCCGUACAGGUGUGACAGAUGACAUCAGACUCACCAUGGCAGGCCUGGCAAUUCAACACUGCUACGUGCUGAGAGCUGUACAGAUGGCUCCCUACUGCAGAUUCCAGCAGCUCCAAGACUGGCUGUGCAGGGCGUGGCAGGCCCGGCCUUUUCCACAGGGCAGUGUCUGCCUGUGCUGCUGACGCUCUGUGGAGAACUGAUGUGGGAAGCUCCAUCUCCUGGGGCCACCUGAGCCUGUGGGGAAGAUGCCUCUUCCCUGCAAGCACCCCCAUUGAG